UGCCACGGCCAUGGCUUCUGCUAUGGACUUAUCUCCUUCAACGUUCUUCUUAUGUCGCAAUUGUUUUGGAAACUGCAGGUUCCGAUUUCGAACAUCAGGAACUUUAGUAUCAUAGCUCAUAUUGAUCAUGGGAAGUCGACCUUGGCGGAUAAGUUGCUUCAGGUGACUGGUACUGUACAGAACAGAGAUAUGAAGGAACAGUUUCUUGAUAACAUGGAUUUAGAAAGAGAACGAGGCAUCACCAUCAAGCUUCAGGCAGCUCGAAUGCGUUAUGUUUAUGAGGAUAAACCAUAUUGCCUCAACUUGAUAGAUACUCCAGGUCAUGUUGAGGGUGAACACUGUAAACGGUGAUAUUACUAUGUGCUCAAACCCAUCUCUCCUUCCACAACCCGGGCAGAGGAAAUCAGUUGAAGAACCAUGUGUUAAGGUUACGUUUUCUGCUGCAUAAAUGAUUGAGUUGCUUACGCCGAAAGACUAUAUUGGUGCGCUUAUGGAACUCGCUCAAGAUAGGAGAGGGGAGUUCAAGGAAAUGAAAUAUAUAUAGCUGAGAACAGAGCUUCUCUCCUCUAUGAGUUACCCCCUUGCAGAGAUGGUGGGAGAUUUCUUUGAUCAAUUAAAGUCCAGGACCAAUGGAUAUGCUAGCAUGGAAUACUCAGUUAUCGGGUACAGGGAAAGCGAUCUGAUAAAACUAGAUAUUCUCAUUAAUACUGAAUUGGUGGAACCUUUGUCAACCAUUGUACACAGAGACAAGGCAUAUUCAGUUGGGAGAGCUUUGACUCGAAAACUCAAAGAGCUUAUUCCGCGACAAAUGUUUAAAGUGCCUAUCCAGGCUUGUAUAGGAUCGAAAGUGAUAGCUAGUGAAGCGCUCUCAGCGAUCAGAAAGGAUGUUUUGGCUAAAUGUUACGGUGGAGAGAUAUUUCUCGGAAGAAGAAGCUUCUUAAGAAACAGGCGGCAGGUAAGAAGAGAAUGAAAGCCAUAGGCAGAGUUGAUGUACCUUAAGAAGCUUUCAUGGCCGUCCUCAAACUUGAAAAGGAGGUUUUGUAACACUUUAGUUGUAUAUAUUCACACAAGAAAGAUCAAUUACACUAUUAUUUCAUUUGGUGAUCCCUUUGUAAUAAUAUGCAAACUAUUCUCAACUAAUCCAGUUUUAUUUUCACAUAA